AUGGUAAAAUAUAAGAACACUUAUCAAUCGGUGGACCGGAGUGAUUAUAGUGAAGGAGAAUCUUCUAAAUCAACGCCAAGUCUCCAUAUAGCCAUGGAUCAAAUGACAGACGAUAACUGGCUUCCGAAGCUUCCACUUAGGCGUCCGUACAACCCAUCACUUCCUCUAGUACCGUGGAUCACUUCCAAUUCCUCAAUGGACCUUCCUGAGCUUCAGGCCUCGGCUGGUUUGCUCAUUGCAAAGAUCUGCAGAUACUCCAUCACCCCCGAAAUGAAGCAGGCAAUGAGUGUCUUCGAUGCCGUUAUCGAGUUGUCGAGGAUUCUCAUGAAGCACUAUGAGGUCCUCUUUAAACUUAGCGUUCCGAAUCUGGAUGGCCCCGUAAAACCCACCAAGAACCUGCCUCUGCUUAUCAACUCCUUCCUGCCAAGCUUGCUCAUCAUGAGCGAGCUCGCAUACACAUAUCUCCUACAGCAACGCUCGAGCCGCACCGACGGGAGGAUCACUCCUCUCGAGCUCUUCAUCAUUGCAACAGGCUUGCAAAUCAUCAGGAAAAAGAUUUAUCCUUAUCUGCGCAUCUCCGUAAACCUGCUUUACGCGGUGGAGCAUACAUCCAAUGAGAGGAACCGCUCGUACAACUUUAGACAAAUUUGGCUUCUUUCCUAUGAAUCGAAGAUCAAUUUGGAUAUGCCUUGGAGAGAGCUACAAGCAUUCAAAGAGGAGAUGCUGAAUCGCCGAAUUAUCGUUAGACCCAAAGACCAAGAUUUGAAACAUGGUUAUCGUAUCUGGCAAGCCCCUCACCUCUGUGUUAACUGCCCGCCUCAGACUCUUCCGGCGUUACUCGACAGUUUGGAUAAUUCCUUGAAUAUUAUAUUCGACCAUGUUCGACCAUACUACCUAUUUUCCGGUGGUCUGGAUGAUAACCCAUUUCUUCGAUUGCCGGAACUCCCUCUCGGAUGUCGUCCACCAACAGCGUACAACCACGCGCAUUGUUACCACCAAGAGAUGCUCGAAGGCCUGUCCGAUGAUUGGUAUCCCACCCGCCUCGAUGGUGGACGAAAUGGUCACCCUCACGAAAGACCGGACCUCCAUGGACGUGUUGCAGGCUGCGUCGGAGGUCCGACCUGGUUCCACCCUCUCCACAUUGGGAUCCAAGCUAUGCCAUAUCGCAAAAAGAUCUUAAACGUCGGCCAUAGCGCCCCUACUACUUCUGUUAAUUCUGAGAAUGUCACACCUAUCCAGCCCGAUGGCCCUCUAAGCGAUGCCGGGGCUCUCGAGCGAAGUUUGUCCAGAAACCUCCCAACACUUAUGAAUAGAGUGCGUAAGUGGAUGACUACUCUCUAUUACGGACGUCCUCCCAUUGCCACCUAUUAUUCUGAACCUUCCACCGACGGCGCGGAUGCGGAGUUUGGUCAUGGUAGCAACUCUGUUGUGAGUGAUGGGGUCGAUAAUGCGUCGACUAAAGCUGCUUUGUCGGCGUUGCUUGCGGACGUUCCUUCUCCCCAUGGGGAAAGAUUGAGGUUGAGGUAUGUCAAGAAUCGCAGACGUGCAUCUGGGGGGAAGUAG